AUUUGCAUCCGGCUCGGGGGGAAUGACCGCCGGAGUCGUUCUGCUCCCGAACUUAUAAUAACUUACACACCGCAGCGUCUCAGUAUCCCAAACGCAACGGAUAUCCACCAACUGCCACUGCCCUUAGGCGUUCUACCCUGGGGCCAUGUUACCCAAUCGCCAAUCGUCAGAGUCCGAACUCGACAUGACCCAAGACACCACCCCACCGGCGGCGAGGAGAACACGCGGACCACGCGUCUCCCGGGCUUGUGCGCGAUGUCGGUUAGGAAAACUGCGAUGCGACGGCCAAACGCCCGCAUGCGCCCCCUGUGCCGAUAGGGGUCAUAGCUGUGUUUAUCCGGCCACCCAACGAAUGCGCGGGCCGGGAAAGAGUAAACAACGCAUCGAAGCCCUCGAAGGGCGCUUGGCCGCUCUGGAGUCCAGGCUUCGACUGGAGUCGAGGACCGACCUGUCAGAGAUGGCUCUUAGGUCCCCUGAAUCGAUGCCGAGUACCCAUGCGAGUUCUUCGCCUCCCAACUCAAGGGACAUCUCGGCAUUUGGAGGGUUGAUGCUUCCCUUCCACCAGCUGUCCCAGCGUUCCACGGUCGAAGAGUGCACGAAACCUCUCGACCGGCUAGUCAUGUCCCCCCUGAGUGUAGAAGCAUCCGACUUGGGGCUGAUAGAGAAGUUUAUUGGCGAUGUGUGCGCAGAGCUUCCAUUCAUGAGGCCACAGUGGUUCAUCGAUCAGAUCAGUCUCCCCGGGGCAACCGGCGUAUCAGAAGCAUGGUGGCAGGGCAUCACCAACGCAAUUACCGCCAACGCCAUUUACUUCAAGGCACCCGACAGUCCUUUUCGCGAGGUGGCCGCGUACGCCUGGGCCUUUUUCCGAAACGCCUACGCUGUCCUCCCCGAGCUCAUUCUCAACGGGAAUAACUUGGGUGCUGCGCAAGCCAUCAUGGCUAUGGCCAUGUUCAUGCGGCAGUCAGCAGACACAAGGGCAACGGCGCUCCUGUUUUCGCUCGCCGUUAGGAUACAGCUCUCCGCCGGGUUGGAUGUGAAAGCCGCGUCAGAGAGUGUUACGUCCCCAGUCGACGAGGAGAAUCGUAACCGGCUCUUUUGGGCGGCCUUCAUUUUCGACAUGGACAUGGCCGUGAACACCGGGCUCCCUCCCGUGAACGCCGAUGAGGUAGUUAGGCCGGGUCGGCCAGGCGGGCAUUGUCCCCAACAUGGAGCAUUAUCCCCUCCAGAUGCGCUUAGCCACGGGGGCUGGGAGGAUAUUGUUUUCAGGCUUAGGGUAGAGCUCGCCGGAAUCCAGCGGCGCAUCGCGAUCCAGUUCGUUGCUGCCAACCAGGCUGAGCUCUUCGCCCUGGAGUCGGAAAUUGAGGCAUGGAGCCUCCGGGUACCAGUCAGCAUUCGUCCCGACUGGCCUGACAAACCCCAGAGUGCCAGCAGCGACGACGAGGUCGCGGGCGUGUCCAUCGCCAUGUUACACUUUGCGUACUACAACAGCGUGGCCAUGAUCUGUUGGGCCGCGAUUCGACAUGUCGCAUCGCAACUAGUGGAAUCGCCCCGAACCCUUGAUUCUCCUAUCGACUCAACGGUAAACGACCGGAUGGGUGGCCACAAAAGCGUCGCCAGGGCCGCUGCUAGAGCCUCCAUAUGCUGCAUGUCACGAUUCCCAACGCAGGUGUUCCCUGAACUCUGGAGAGCAUUGUGUCACCCGGUUGCUGCUAGCAUAGCCCUCAUGGCCCUCGUAUGCAAGGAACCGACACACCCAGAAGCCCAAGGUGAUUUGUUGCUGCUUUCCUGGUUCGCUGGGUUCCUGGAAAGAAUGGUACGCGACGAGGGUUACGAUCUCGAGAGGAUGCGAGACGGAAUCUGCACGUUUGAGAAGGUCGCGACCCACGCUGUCAGCGCGGCCAUGACCUCUGACAUGCCUGUGAACCCGGCGCUGUGGCCCCUGACCCUGGCAUCAGGCCAUACCGGCAAGGCCCUUGCUACGAUGCUAACAUGCGCCUCGUAUCACCCUAUGUAUAUCGCCCAGUCCUUCAUGAGCAACACACCAAAUCGCGACCACGACAAUGCGAAGAAACUCGCCGAUAUCCUGGGUCUGCAAUGGGGCAACAAUGAUUACGGCCCCUUCGUGCCGGACUCUUUGAUGCCCUCCACUUAUGGGUUCACGUUUAGCUCCAGCGGUCUGCGGUAGACGACAUUUUAUGAGGGUAGGUGUCUACCAAAGCUGGGGGCUCAACGACGAAGGGAUCGUCAACCGGAUUCCACGGAUAAAGCUAGAAUGACGCCGCGGGGAUCGAUCUGUCGAACCUAGCAGAGGCGAGGGCGGGUUUAUUCAACUGAAUCCGAAGGAUACGGAUAAAGGUCAAGCAGGGCUCAGAGAGAGAGACUAAAAAGGCCUUGAACACGGAUCGAAUUUAUGCCACGGGGUAGGGAGGUCGU